UAUUCAAAUUUUUACAAACAAAACAUGCAUUUUUGAAGAAAUAUUUGAUAAAGUUAAACAUAAAAAUGUUCAAGAUAAUAUUGAACAAGAAUUAAAUGAACUUCUCGAUUCUUGGGUUGACGAAAAUUGGACUUUAUUAAAUGAAAAUAUAAAUUACGAAAUUCAUUAUGAAUGUAUUAUUGAUUUAAUAGAAUUAAAUAAAAAUGAAAUUUCAGAAACAGAAUCUGAAAAUUCAGAAGAACUUUACGAUAAUUCAGAUUCUGAAGAAUCAGAAGAAUUAGUUAUAGAAGAAAUAAAAACAAAACCUAAAAAAAAGAAGAGAAAAUUAAAUGAAAAAACAACUCUUAAAAAAAAAAGAAAAUUAAGUAAAUAUAACAUAUUUAUGAGCAAAAAAAUGAAACGAUUAAAAAAAGAUGGUGUUGCAUCAGAUAAAUUAUUUUCAACAGCAAUUAAAAAUUGGCAGAGAUCUAAAAAAUAG